AUGAAAAUCAGGCUUAAACUCACUGAGUUACAAAAAUCUAGAAAACGGCGAAUUCCAAUCGAUGAAUCUUCAAAAUUUAAUCAAGAACAGCAACAAUCUGAGCCUUAUUGUACUACCUCUGAGAUUGAUACUGAAAAUGGAAAAAAUUCAGGAAAAGAGCUUAUUAAAUUUGAACAAGGGAUAACCAACAAGGGGGAAGUUGCCAUUUGGAAUGCAGGUUAUCGAUAUAUAAAACAUGGCAAAAAUGGUGAAUAUUGGCGUUGCUCGACUAAAGACUGUUCAGCAAGAGCAAAAGCAACACAGAAUGAAACUGGUCUAUUUGUUGGAACACUUGGAACUAAUGAGUAUAAUCAUCUCCCAUCAAUUCAAAAAAAAAUUUCCCAAGAAAUUCGCAACAAAUUAAAACAUGACAAGCGGCCAAACAAGCGUCCAAUUUUAUCAGAAGUUAGAGCAAAUGUUUCCGAUGAGGUUUAUAUGUCGUUAGGAAGUGAUCAUGCUUUGGAAGAAUUUUUAAGGAGGUACUGCUUUCAAAAAUUAAUUUUCUUAAAUUUACAAACUUAG